CGUGUUUAUCUUGUUACUUGAUAGUUGUUGAUUAACAGCAAUAGCCGAUAAGUCGAUAGUCAAUAUUCGAUAAGACAGAAUUGCGAUGUCUAAGACAGUGAAGAGCGAAUGUACUAGAGAUAAUUAAUUUCGCGCGAGCCCUUACGGUUCUUACGUUGUGUAUGCAGCCGAAUUCUCACUGAAAUACGACUGACUUAUUUAUUCAGUGUAAUGUAAAAUGUACGGACAUACGUAUUCGGUUUUCGGAGAAGCGCUUAAGUUCAUUUUUCAGUGAUGGCUUGAUUACACCACUGAAAAGUUGUCUUGUAAUAUGGGCGGUAAUGUGUCACAACUAGAAAGAGAUAUCGGAUCAGAUCAGUUUCCUCCAAAUGAGCAUUAUUUUGGUUUAGUUAAUUUUGGAAAUACAUGUUACAGUAAUUCAGUUCUUCAAGCUCUUUAUUUUUGUAAACCUUUUCGAGACAAAGUAUUAGAAUACAAAGCUCGUAAUAAGAGAAAUAAAGAAACAUUGCUCACAUGUUUAGCUGAUCUAUUUCAUAGCAUUGCAACUCAAAAAAAGAAAGUUGGGUCCAUAGCCCCCAAAAAAUUUAUUAAUAGACUUCGAAAAGAAAAAGAAGAAUUCAAUAACUAUAUGCAACAAGAUGCUCAUGAAUUUUUAAACUUCCUUAUAAAUCAUAUUAAUGAGAUUAUUCUUUCCGAACGUAACCAAACAAAUUGUAAUGGUAAAUCUAAAUCAAUUACACCUAAUAUUGUUGAUGGAGAAUCAACUACUAGUAGCAUCACUAGCUCAAGUAGUCAUAAUCAAGAUCCAACUUGGGUACAUGAAAUAUUUCAAGGGAUACUAACGAGUGAAACUAGAUGUUUAAACUGUGAAGAAGUCAGCAGUAAAGAUGAAGACUUUUUCGACCUCCAAGUAGAUAUAGAUCAAAAUACUAGUAUUACACAUUGUUUACGUUGUUUUAGCAAUACAGAAAUGCUUUGUAGUGAUAAUAAAUUUAAGUGUGACAAUUGCUGUAGCUAUCAAGAAGCCCAGAAAUGUAUGCGGGUCAAAAAAUUACCCAUGAUAUUGGCAUUGCAUUUGAAAAGAUUCAAAUACAUGGAACAAUUUAAUAGGCAUAUAAAAGUAUCUCAUAGAGUUGUUUUCCCUUUAGAACUUAGAUUAUUUAAUACGUCUGAUGAUGCUGUUAAUCCAGACAGAAUGUACAAUCUUGUAGCUGUAGUUAUACAUUGUGGCAGUGGGCCAAAUAGAGGUCAUUACAUUAGCAUAGUUAAAAGUCAUGAUUUUUGGCUACUGUUUGACGAUGAUAUGGUUGAUAAAAUUGAUCAAUCUGCUAUUGAAGAUUUCUAUGGUCUCACGUCAGACUUACAGAAAUCGUCAGAAACUGGUUAUAUACUUUUUUAUCAAUCUAGAGAUGCUGCUGAAAUAUCAAAAUCUGGUAUGGCUGAUUCAAAAUCAAGUCAUUGUAAAUGAAUGACCAAAUUUUAUGUUUGGUAUUUAUUUAUAAUUGCACAGCACAAUGUGAUUUUUCACUUGUGUUUGGAAAAAGUGAUAUUAACUUAAAUGCAUAUUUAAUUAGUCAAAUAAUUAUUAAUUGUUAUUGUCAGUGAUAUAAAAUAUUAAUUUGCAAUGCGCCUUGUUAGUCAACUAACCAAUUUUUUUGGUGAUAUAAUUCAUUUAUAUAUAUUACUAGCUGAUUUCUUUAAAAUCUAAUUUAAUUAAUGCUCAUGUUGUUUAACAAUUAUAUACUUGAAAUUUUUUUAGUGAAAGUCAGAGCAGUUAUUUAUUUUUCUAAUGUUUACCUCAAAGAUAUCAGCCUUUUUAAGGACAUAUUAGAAUAUUAGUAUCUAUUUUAUUAUUUUUAAAUUAUAAUUUUCUUCCUAUUGUGUUAGUCCGUCAAAUUUUAGCAUAACAUUCAUACUAAUUUAUAUGGCUUGAACCUAACUUGAACCUAUUUUACAAUUAACAUAAUAGAGAUUCUAGUUUUCUUUAAAACAUAUAUGUGAUACUUUUUGACUUUAUUAAAAAAAUGAGCAGUAUAAUUGUGUACGGAAAUACAUAUUAUUAUACUGUAUAUGAA